UCUAAACUACCUAUCUGGAAACUGGAAUAACGAGACGACGAUACGAAAUCUUGGAAAUUUUAAAUUUUAACUCACAGUCGACACCCGCUAUGAAGUGGACAAUGGACAUUGCCGUGACUAUUAUUAUGUGAUACUUCCAUUAUUUUUAUUUCAUCGGGUUAUUGGUCGUCUCGCUUUUCGCGUCGAUAAAAACAUUUUCGUGACACUCAAUUUCCGCGGUGAACGAGAACAAUGGAUAACGACUCGCCGAACUUGUUCGACAGCGAACCGAUGGAGGUGAAGCUGAAUUUUGCCGAAAACAAGGACGACGUCUUGGCCGAUAUUUUAGAGGAAAUACACGAUGAAGACCGCACUGCCGCACCUGCCGAAGAAAACGCCGUCGAACUGCCGACCGACGGUGUCGUCGACGAACCACUUGUUGACACUGUCGAGUAUCACACCGACGAAGACGACCUCGCGGCCGACGAUCCACCGGCGGGUGCCGACCCCAAACACUCGACUGGAUCGCCGAAAGACGGUUCCCCGGCCGCCAAGACGAAAGAUGUCCACAAGGGAUUGCCGCCCGGCCGCGUAAAGCUCAUCAUGAAAAUGGACCCCGACGUCAAUAUAGUGGCCGGAGAAGCAGUGUUCCUGGUCACAAAGGCGACGGAGCAUUUUGUCGGGAUUUUGGCGCAACACUGUCACAAAGCGAUGGUGGCCACCAACAAGAAGACUCUGCAAAAAAAGCAUAUCGACGCCGUGAUUGAAGACAACGUUCCGUUUGAAUUUUUAGAAGGCACAUUAGAUUGGUAAAAUCGUUUUGAUUAUGCGCACGAUUUUUUUUUUUUACUCUUUAUGUAUUAUUUUGUAAUAUACCUUGUAACGUAUUUAUAAAUUUAACAUAUCGACAUAGCAAUAUUGAUUUGUAUAGAACAAUAACAUGUGUCUAACACUGACCAUA